CUAGGGGAGGAAAUUUAGGGAGCCUUUAAUGCUUCCUUAUAUUGGGAAAUUAGAUUAGGGAAGAAAGAUAUCCUAAUUUAAUUUAAAUUCAAAUAGGCAAGCAUUUGGAAACUUUCCUAAAAUAAAUCUCUUAAUUUAGGAAAGAAUUCAAACUCAAAUAGUUUCAAAUUUGAAUUUAAAAUCUUCCCAACUAAGGAAUAAUUAUUUAAGGAAAGUGUUUAAGAUGAAUUGAUGUGUGGAAGGGAGAUAGGGGGAGGACGGCGGAAUAGGGCCGGCGGCUAAGGGAAGAUGGGGAAAUCCGGCGGGUGGAGGGAGGGGAGUUUAUGAAGGCCGGUGGCUUGGGGAAGGUGGGGUUGGGUGGUCGGCGAGCUGGUUACGAAAGGAAGAAGAACAAGAGGUAGAACAAAGGUAAAACCACGAACCCGACCGUCUCCAAGGUUGGUGGGUGAUCCGAGUUCCCUCUCCUAGGGAUUCACCACUCAAACACUCUCAAGGUCUCACAAGAACUCAAGCAAGGGGAAAGUUUUUUUCUAAUCAUUCAUUCAUUAACUUUCAAAGAGAAACAUAGGGGCUAUAAAUAGCCUCGUACAUAAGACUCAAAAAUAGAAAAGACAACAAUGCCCUCAGGGAUAUACGUGAUAGAGUUCGUUUGCAGAGUUGCUAUUACGGUGAUAUACACAAAAAUGAUGGUGAUAGAGUUCGUUUGCAUUUACGGUGACAUAUCUAAGCCUAAUCGUUUCUUCUAUGAUUUAUCUUCACUAUCCAUUCAUAUUAGUUUUAUCUAUUUUUUGUGGUAUAUGAACAGAGACUAAAGCUUUUUGGGAACAAUAGCCCUUGAGCUUCUUAUAUGAAAGCAUACUGCUGAAAUGUGUUAGACAUGUCAUUUAUAGCAGUGGAUAUACGUAGGACUAGAAAAGUGAUAAAUUACACAAAUUUAAUUAUUAAAAUUCAUUUUUUAUUCUACCUACUUUUGGGAUAGUAUUGUUGCGUGAUCAGAAGAUUUAUCGUAGUAGAGAGUAUUUUUUUUAGCAUUGCACUAAGAUUCACGUAUGUAUAUAUAAGAGAAGCUCACAAGUGAUAUAUGAAUUUUUAUUUGAAAAACUCAAGAAGGGGAAAUACUUUAACCAAUUGAAAUAAUCCACUUUGUAAGUGAAAAUUACAUAACUCCACCUUUUUUCCUAAUUAAAGAAGGCGAGAUCACAGUAUAUGGAUUGCCUAGUUGGCUUCCUAUGAGAAUAUUGAAAAUGCUAGAGAUUUUAUAUACAAACACACAUUAAUUUCAGGCAGUGGUCAACAAAGGUAGUCAAAUAAUGAGCCAUCAUUGUUUGUUGGGGACAGAUGAAGGCGUUCAACAGACGGUUAUCAGGUGAUGACGUACGUUGGUGAUGGGAGAUGGUAGUCGGGUUAUGGAAGAUGCUUUCAUAUGUUGGUAGAAGGUGAUGAUAGUUGGGAUAUGGUCGGGUUGUGGAACAUGCUAUCAUUUGUUGGUAGAAGGUGAUGAUAGUUAGGAAAUGAUACUUGGGUGAUGUUGGAUAUUUGCGGUGGUUGAUGAUGUCGUUAUUGGGCAUAGCUCUACAAUUCUUCAAAUAUAAGUGUUCUCCAUUGCCAGGUCCUCUUAAUGUGUAGAAUGUGGAUUGAUUUAUAGUUUUUUGAAAGGUUAUUUUGGUUGUUUUAGCCAACAUCCCUAUACACAUUGUUGGAUGGCUUGUAUCGAUCUCCUUGAUCAUGCAUGCUUUUGUAGGCAUUUAAGUGUCUUAAUGACACCAUAAUUUAGCGAUAUUGGGCUUGUUGGAUAUCUCUUUUUGAGACAUUUUUAUUGUAAGCAUGCAAUAUUCAAAGAUUGUUUGACCCCUCAAACGGUGUCACAAAGUCUCCAAACUAUACUUUUGAGUGCUUGAUUUUGGAUCCUUUGGACUCAAAUCAAAGUAAUUUUAGUGUUGUUAAGUUUUUCUUAUCUAAAUAUUCAUUUUAAUUAUAAGUUUGUUGAAAAUAUAUUUCAAAUGGGCCCAAAGUCAAUCUUGAAGGUUUUUUAUUCACAUAAUCGCGUCAUGAUUUGUGUUUGAUUGGAUGGAUUUUUAAACUGUUAUAUCAGUUAUUCCUAUUUUUAGCCAUCAAAGUCUUCUAUAAAAGUAAUAUGGGUCUUAAAAAUUUGUGUCAUGAAAUCAUUAUUUUAAAAAUGUUUAAGGCGUAACUACUCUAUGUGCAUCAAUGGGGAUCUCUCCUUGGGGUCAUGAACCAAGUAAAUUGUUCUCCAUAGUAAUUUCACUCUUCAUCGUGCUAAUUUCUGUAGCCUAAUUUUUGUCAUACGAAAAAAAUAUGUGCAACACAUAACUUAGUUAUAAGAAAAGUUAUAAGGCGAGUCCACUCUUUGGAUGUCAAUGUAGACCUUCCUUUAGGGUCGCGAACCAACUAACUUUCCCCAAUCAUAAUUUCAUUAUCCUCAAAGUUGACUCAUCAAUUGGAGCAAAAAAUGUUUAGAACUUUCCUCUAAAAUCUUCAAAAUUACUCAAAACUAGUCUUAGAGUCUUUGUUCAGUGUUGAAUGUGCCAAAAUCAAAUAUGGAUAUUUGAAAAACGGCCUCUGGGUUUUCAAGAAAGCGUGAAAGUCUUGUUUGGGCUUGAAAAAUUGCCUUGAUAAGUGUAGCGGGCUGGGUUGGUUGCCCUCCAUUCAUUGGCAAGGGUGGGUGCUGGUGCGUUAUGCACCCACAACCGUUUUCAUUUUUUAAAGUAAAAUCUCUAGGGUAUGUAUAUUCCCUUUAUGUUAGCAUAUUCUCUUGGUAACCAUGCAACAACUUUAUUUAAGAUUAUUAUAGCAAUUUGAAAAAAAAGUGACGAACUUCUUCUAUAUUGCUCCUUUACCCUUGAUUAGAUUACUUGGCAAAAAUAAAACGGAGUUUUUUGUUGACAAAAUUUUCUCUAGUCUUCACCCUUCUUAAUAAUUUUUUCAAGCUCAAUUGAUGUUCGAUUCUUCUGUUCCAAAUAUCUCCAUUGUUAUCACAUGAAUUCUCUUAGUCGAUGAGCCCAUGUUUUUGUUUUAUCACGAUUGGACUACUUUUGUUGCCAGAGUGGACAAGUUAUCGUAAUUAUGGACGUGGUGGUCAUGUUGGUGAUUGUGGUUGCUAAUAUUUUCCAUAUUAUCAAUAUUAUUUAAGGAUUAAUUACUCAUUUUCCUGAUGUUGGAAAAUUUUAAUUAUCCUCCAGUUACUUAGCAUAGCUCCCAAUACCAUCAUCAAGUCUAUUGGUGCUCAUUUAUGUUCAUUUAAGUCUCCCCUAAGAAGAAUAUGCUUUCUACUCCAGCAUUCUCCAUUCAAUAUUUCAGUCUCAUGACUCUCAUGUGAUUUUCAUCUCAGGUCUGUUUGCAAUUGCUCAUUUUACUAUGUUUUGAAUUUUAGAUUUAGUGUAUCCCCAUAUAUGAUAGGUAACCAACAAUUAUUUUCAUCACUUACAAUGAUGCUCCCACAUGUAAUUGUUGUUGAUGGAUCUCCAUCUCUUGUUCCUAGCAAAUGCUUUAUUCAUUAUUCCUUGACUUUAGAUGUUGUUUUUUCUUUCAAAGAUAUUUUCCAUCGCCACAUAAAAGGCAUGUGCGCCAUUCCGAUGUGGCGAAAAAUCCUUUGUUAGCAUAUUUUUACUGUGUAGGUGAGAAAGGCCUAUCCGCACCCAAUUAUAAUUACUUAUUUUGACACGGUGGGGAAAUCCCUUUGUAGUGUGCAUUUUUUCACCAAUGUGUUGGAAGUUCUAUGCAUAGUUUUUUAAGCAUGGUGUGUUUGAAGACCCCAACCCCUGCGUCUUAGCAAUGAUACAUUGAAGUUGGCUGUGGAUUUAAAGACCCCAACCCCCCUGCGUCUUAGCAAUAAUACAAUGAAGUUGGCUGUGGAUUUGAAGACCCCAACCCCUGUAUCUUUUCAAGAAUACAAUGAAUGAAGUUGGCUGUGGAUUUGAAGAACCCAACCCCUGCGGCUUAGCAAGAAUACGAUGAAGUUGGCAUAGUAUAAAUUUUCUUGCCAAAAAAAAAAAAAAAUUAUGCUGAGAAAAGCUUCUGUUCCCUGGCUGUUGGUACUGCUGAAGAGAGAUCAACCUGGUUUUGCCAAGCAAAAAAGCUUAGCUUAUUAUGUUUUUCUCUUCUUGCUAAGUGUGAUUUCACUUGCGAUGAUGAUGACCAGAUGAUAUCAGUUAUUGUUCUAGCAAUGCGCUUGGUUGUUUCUUUAACUGAUUUGAAGCAAUGGAAAAGCUUAAAACUUGAAAACAUUGGAGAAGCUGAUAUUUCCGUGAAAAGAUUGAUAUAUUUUAUGGGUAGAAGCAGUUUUAUGUACUCGAGUAUCAGGAAGUUCUUGAUGAAGCUCAAAAUUUGUAAUGCCUUUGAGGAGUUUAAGAGUAUUACGCCAGCAGAGAACAUUUUUUUGAUUACAGCAAGUGCACUAACUUUAGCUUUGCGUCCUUUUCAAUCCAAAUCAGAGAAAAGCAAUGGUGAUGCGUUCGAUCUGAAAGCAUCCUUUCAACAAUACUCUAUAUUCAUACUGACAGUUCCAUAUCUCACUAGAAGGCUGCCAAAUCUCCUUGUUCCUGCUGUAAAGCAUUUGUCUGUAAUUUGUCCAUGUUUAAAUGCUCUAUUGGUUUCCAAGGAUAUUGUAUUUGAUGAGAUGUCAAAAUUUGAACAUUCAGAAAUUUUACAAUUUACCGGUGAAUUAGUUCCAUCUUGUGGCUGGGCUCUUGCCAAUAUUAUAGACCUUGUAACUGAGCGUAGCAGCGAUUCUGUUGACUCUGGGCACUUCAUUCAAGGUCUAGACUGUACAUUAUAUGUUCAAGUCAUAAAUUCUAUUUCUGAGAACCUUUUAGACUGUCUUGGGAAUGUUGGGAUACUGACCGGAAAGGAGCAUGGGUAUGCUGAGAUGGACGACCCUUCUGCACAGGAUAAUAGUUCCGUGAAAUGCAAUGGGCGAAAACUGGCAUAUGCUGACCUUCUAAGUCCUGUACAUCAGCAGUGGCAUUUAAGGAAGCUUCUGUCCUUGUUAGAGAAAAGUAAACUAAUCCAACAAAAAGAUUCUUGUGUGUCAAAUCAGGGCACUAAAGGCAUUGGAAACUUAAGAUUAAUAGAUAUCGUUUAUUUUUACAACUUUUUGCUCAGAAUAUUCUCAUCUUUAAACCCUAUUGGAGGGUCACUGCCUAUUCUUAAUGUUCUUUCCUUCUCUCCUGGGUUUAUAACACAGUUGUGGGAAACCUUAGAAGAUUCCAUUUUUCAUGGAAAUGGCUGCACUCUCCUUGAAGAUACUUUAAAUGAUGCUAAUUUUGGUGGUUGCAACAGCACAGGUGGGGAUAAAAAGCAAAAACUGGGUGCGAAGGAUACUGGAAGCAAGUUGCUUACCCUAUUUCAAAAAAUUGCGGGGAAAUCUACGGAUUUGAAUAUUAAUCUAGUAGAUGAUACUUCCCAAACGAGUCAAGCUAGUCAGGAUGGACCUAAUUCAUGGGAUAUUGAAGGCAUGAAGAGGGGUUCCCAUGGCAUUUCAAAUGAUGUAUCAUGCAUUUUGCAUCUGUUUUGUGCUAUAUAUGCACACUUACUUUUGAUCCUAGAUGACAUUGAGUUCUAUGAGAAGCAGGUUCCCUUUACUCUUCAGCAGCAGCAGAAGAUUGCCUCAGUACUCAACACAUUUGUGUAUAAUUCUCUUAUUCACAAUACUGUACAAAACAGGAAGCCUGUUGUAGAUGCGGCUGUUAAGUGUUUACAUUUUUUGUAUGAACGAGAUUGUAGGCACAAGUUUUGUCCAUCUUCUCUGUGGGUAGCACCAACCGGCAGAGGUCGCAUCCCAAUAGCUGCAGCUGCCAGAGCUCAUGAAGCUGCCCGUUCAAAUUUGCAGCUUGGGGACGCUUCAAAUAUUCCGAGCAUGAGCUCUGUCUUAACUACUGUUCCGCAUGUUUUUCCAUUUGAGGAAAGGGUUCAAAUGUUUAGGGAAUUAGUUAAAAUGGACAAAGUAGUUAGAAGAGCAGCUGGUGAGGUAUCUGCUAGUGGUCUUAGCUCAGUUGAAAUUGUUGUUCGACGGGAUCACAUUGUUGAGGAUGGGUUUAGACAAUUGAAUUCUUUAGGGCCAAGACUGAAAUCUGGAAUCAGUGUGUCAUUCAUCAGUGAAUGCGGUCUCCCUGAGGCCGGUCUUGAUUAUGGGGGUUUGUCGAAAGAAUUCUUGACUGAUUUAUCCAAAGCGGCCUUUGACCCACUGUUCGGGCUGUUUUCCCAGACCUCUACAGCUGAUGGCAAUCUAGUUCCUAACAUAUCUUCUAAAUUAUUAGACAAUGGAAUGGAGAUGAUAGAAUUCCUUGGAAGAGUUGUUGGAAAAGCUCUUUAUGAUGGUAUUUUACUGGACUACUCUUUCUCACUUGUCUUUGUACAGAAGCUCUUAGGGCAAUACAGCUUUUUGGAUGAGCUUUCAACUCUGGAUUCUGAGCUCUACAGGAACCUUAUGUAUUUGAAGCACUAUGAUGGUGAUGUGGAGGACUUGUCAUUAGAUUUUACAGUGACUGAAGAGGUUUGUGGAAAGAGGAUAGUCAGAGAACUUAGACCCGGUGGUAGAAAUGUGGCAGUCACAAAUGAGAACAAGCUACAAUAUAUCCAUGCGAUUGCUGAUUAUAAGCUUAAUUGGCAAAUGCUUCCACCGGCAAAUGCAUUUUAUAGUGGGCUUACUGAUCUCAUAGCUCCUUUGUGGUUGAGAUUAUUUAGUGCGAAUGAGUUUAAUCAGUUGCUUUCAGGUGGAAACCAUGACUUUGAUGUAGAUGAUCUGAGAAGCAACACUAGAUAUACUGGUGGUUAUUCUGAGGGAAGCCGAACAGUUAAAAUAUUCUGGGAGGUUGUCAGAGGUUUCAUGCCUAGUGAAAGAUGCCUCCUCCUUAAGUUUGUGACAAGCUGUUCAAGAUCUCCACUACUUGGAUUCCAGCACCUGCAGCCUUCUUUUACAAUUCAUAAGGUUGCUGGUGACGUUCCUAUUUGGGCCACAAUUGGAGGGCAUGAUGUGGACCGCCUUCCAUCUGCUUCCACUUGCUACAACACAUUAAAGAAGGUGGAGGUGUUGGAAAGUAAGAUGGAGCAAAUCAAAUCCGACGUGAAGAAGAGGUUUUCAUCUAUGGAAGGAAGGCUUUCUAAUUGGGAAGACAUGUUGAGGAAGUUGAUCAAGAUGCAAUCGAAGGCUUUGCCAGCUCCUAGGGCUGGACCAAAGGGAAAUGAACUUUUGGAGGAGAUGAUAAUGAAGCUCUUGGAAAUGCAAUGCAAAAAUCCACCGGUGGUUCUGAUGGCUGACCCUAACCAAGAUUUGACUUGGAUUCUCUUGGCCUAAUCGAAGGGAAAGGAGAUCGGACAGGAGGAGUUCGACGAGGAGAGUUUCUUUCAUAAAGGGCCACCUCCUAGGGUUCCGAUAAGGGGCAGAAUAGGGUUUUUGGAUGGGGGGACAACAAGAAGAGAAUUUUCUGGUGAAGGUGGUGGAGUGACCGACCACUAUGGGAGGUCUUUUAGGCAAGGGGAGUGGACGAUUGGAGGAGUGGGACGGGCCAAAUCAUGGGGAUUGGUUCAUGUGAGGCGGAGGGAAUAAAUGUGGGAUUCUCACCCUCGAUAAACGAGGGAAACAUGGAGGGAUCACGACAAUCGUUGCACUGGAGGAGGAAGAAGCUAUUGGGGCGGUGACGAUCUUACGAUGGAAAUCCUAGGGUCAUUGCAUCUUAGUCUUGAUGUGAAACAAGUUAAAUAUCUUUUAGCAAGAGUUGCACCUAUUCAUCCCGAUUCUUAAGAAUUUAGUUCGUAUGAUGGAAAAAUGGAUGUCGACCCAUAUAUUUUACCUAUACUUGGACAGCUCAUGACUUAAUGCAAUCUAGAGAUAGCAGAGAGCUCUUUUACAGCUUCCAUUGAGAUAAUGUCCUUACUGAGUAUGUUAUCCAUAAGUGUGCCGUACAUUUUGUUCCUCUUAACAAAAAGCUGCCAAUUCGUUCUCAACAUCAUGUGUUUAUU